GGUAUAGUUGUUAGCUCAUUGUUAUCGGUACGGAUUAUUGAUGUGAUGUGAGCCAAGUUAAUGGGACGAGACUGACGAAACAUACCAAGAAAGUGUAAAAAUAUAUAUAUGAGCAUUAAACAUCCUCUCAUUUUUUGUGUAUCAGUUUCAUCUCAUCUCAUCUCAUCUCAUCUCAUCUCAUCUCAUCUCAUCUCAUCUCAUCUCAUCUCUUUCGAUUCUUCAUCUCUCAUCCUCGCUGUGACAUCUUUCCCGCACACAUUCAGCUUGAUCCAGUUUACCGUCCACCGCACACCACCCAAAAUGCAUUCACCACUCGUCCUACUCUCCCUCCUCUCAAUCUUCUCCAAUUUUCUCAUCCACGCAAACCCUCUUCCUCUCCCUGUCCCCCAGCCCGAUACCUCUGCCGUAAACGCAACCGCAGCCUGCACUGAUAUCCGCAUCAUCACCGCUCGCGCAUCCACCGAAUUGCCCGGUGAAGGUAUCAUCGGCGCUCUAGCUUCUGCCAUCCAACUCGGGACUAGCAAAUCGGUCACGCGAACGUCUGUUUCCUAUCCGGCUGUGCUGGCACCUUAUGCACCCAGUGUUGCAAGUGGUGUUGCAGCCAUGAAGGCAGAUAUCAUUGCGGCGGUUGAUGCGUGUCCGUCGCAGAAAAUUGUGCUUUUAGGGUACUCCCAGGGUGCGGAAUGUAUCAGUGAUACGCUCGGAGGCGGAGGGGGCGGAACGUUGGGAACGAAAACUCCGGCUAUCGACUCCUCGUAUGGUUCUCAUAUUAAAGCAGCGGUUAUGAUGGGCGAUCCUCGCUACAUGGUCAACCAACAAGCAUUUCACGUGGGAACCUGUUUCCAAAACGGACUCUUUCCCCGCACGAGCGAUCAAUCGCUCACGAGCUAUUCCAGUAUCGUGAAAUCGUACUGCGAUUUUGGAGAUCCAUUUUGUUGCUCGGGUUUGGAUACCUUGGCUCAUUUGACUUAUGUGACGAAGUAUCAAUCGUUGGCUUUGUCUUUUGUUUUGGGGAAGAUUGCUUAGAGGCAGAUAGGGUAGAAAAGAGACUUGGAAUGAUGAGAGAAGGAAGAGUAAGGAAUGGUGAGGUGUGAGUGAAGGAAACGAUGAGGUACGUUGCCUUUGGCGAUGGUACAUUUUAUGCUUCUCUUUUUUAUAUAUACUUUUCUCUUCUUUGUAUCUACCUUUUUUUUUUUACGACGAUGAAGUUGGAGUAGGGGGAGUGGCAUUCAACAUGCUAUUAUGAAAAUCUUCUUCCA